GCUGCGGGUUUACCUGCUCCUGAGGGCAGCCGUUCGAUUACACAAGGAAGCGAAACACUCCUCGAGCGAUCGCUCCAAAAGCCCCUGUAAAGCCCUAACGCUUCGGUUUCGUAGGAGAUCGAUGGCGGCCUCCGUGAUGCUUCGAGCUCUGAGGCGGCGCGAUCUGUCGCCGCCCUAUCUGUCCUCUCGCCUCAGAUCUUUAUCUAGUAAUGCAAUCAUGCCAUGGGGUGCUCCUCUGGGUCACAAAUGGUCUAGUUUGGUUAGACCCUUCAGCACAAAACCAGCAGGAAAUGAUAUAAUUGGAAUUGAUUUGGGAACUACAAAUUCUUGUGUUGCAGUUAUGGAGGGAAAGAAUGCUAAAGUCAUAGAGAACUCUGAAGGAGCUCGUACCACCCCAUCAGUUGUAGCUUUUAAUCAAAAAGGGGAACUACUUGUUGGAACUCCAGCAAAACGUCAGGCAGUCACCAAUCCUACAAACACCCUUUUCGGUACCAAGCGACUGAUAGGCCGUCGCUUUGAUGAUCCUCAGACACAGAAAGAGAUGAAGAUGGUUCCUUUUAAGAUUGUGAGGGCACCUAAUGGAGAUGCAUGGGUUGAAGCUAAUGGUCAACAGUAUUCACCCAGCCAGAUUGGUGCCUUCGUUUUGACUAAGAUGAAAGAAACUGCAGAGUCGUAUCUUGGAAAGUCUGUGUCAAAGGCUGUUAUCACCGUUCCUGCAUAUUUUAAUGAUGCACAACGUCAGGCUACAAAGGAUGCAGGAAAAAUUGCCGGUCUCGAUGUUCAAAGAAUUAUCAAUGAACCAACUGCAGCUGCACUUGCUUAUGGGUUGAACAACAAGGAGGGUCUCAUUGUAGUUUUUGAUCUUGGUGGUGGAACAUUUGAUGUUUCCAUCCUAGAAAUAUCAAAUGGUGUAUUUGAGGUCAAAGCCACAAAUGGUGACACUUUCUUGGGUGGGGAAGAUUUUGACAAUGCAUUGGUAGAAUUCUUGGUUGAUGAAUUCAAGAGAACUGAGGCAAUAGAUCUUUCAAAGGACAGGCUGGCUCUACAGAGGCUUCGAGAAGCAGCUGAGAAGGCUAAAAUUGAAUUAUCAUCUACAUCUCAGACUGAUAUCAAUCUUCCAUUUAUAACAGCUGAUGCUUCAGGAGCAAAGCAUAUGAAUAUCACUCUGACAAGAUCAAAGUUUGAGACUUUGGUGAAUCACUUGAUUGAAAGAACAAAAAAUCCCUGUAAAAGCUGUUUGAAGGAUGCUGGCAUAAGCAGCAAGGAUGUUGAUGAGGUUCUUCUUGUUGGUGGAAUGACUAGGGUUCCAAAAGUUCAGGAAAUAGUUUCAGAAAUCUUUGGAAAGAGCCCUAGCAAGGGAGUAAAUCCAGAUGAAGCUGUUGCAAUGGGAGCUGCUAUCCAGGGUGGUAUUCUUCGUGGAGAUGUUAAGGAGUUGCUCCUCUUGGAUGUCACCCCCCUAUCGCUAGGUAUCGAGACCCUUGGAGGUAUUUUUACGAGGUUGAUUAACAGGAACACAACCAUUCCCACGAAGAAGAGUCAGGUAUUUUCCACUGCAGCUGACAACCAGACCCAGGUUGGUGUUCGUGUGCUACAAGGUGAGCGGGAAAUGGCUACAGACAACAAACUCUUAGGCGAGUUUGACCUUGUAGGCAUCCCACCAGCUCCAAGAGGCAUGCCACAGAUUGAGGUUACAUUCGAUAUUGACGCCAACGGAAUCGUGACAGUUUCUGCCAAAGACAAGGCCACUGGGAAGGAACAGCAGAUUACUAUUCGGUCAUCCGGUGGCCUCUCUGACGAUGAGAUUGAGAAGAUGGUCAAGGAAGCCGAGCUCCAUGCUCAGAAGGACCAGGAGAGGAAAGCUUUGAUCGACAUCAAGAACAGUGCAGACACAACAAUUUACAGUAUUGAAAAGAGCUUGGGCGAGUUCAGGGAUAAAAUUCCGGCUGAAGUGGCCACAGAGAUCGAGUCUGCAGUAGCUGAUCUACGGAAAGAGAUGGCAGGAGAUAAUAUCGACAACAUCAAGGCCAAGCUUGAUGCAGCAAACAAGGCAGUCUCAAAGAUUGGGCAGCACAUGGCAGGAAGCUCAGGUGGGUCUUCAUCUGGUGGUUCUCAAGGUGGUGAUCAGGCACCCGAAGCAGAAUACGAAGAGGUCAAGAAGUAGGAUGUCUGAUAGAUGAUUAUAGCCCUACCGAAGCAAGUAAAUUCAUGUUGUGUUUAAUAUCAUACUGUCUAAUUUCUGACAGGGUAUGAGCAGAUUUUGCUUUAGUGGUAGUUUUUUAGCGAAAUAAUAGAUGUCGCUCAGAUUAUGAACUCAGUAAGUAGAUCGAAUGGCCACAGGAUUUUGUCGAUCUUAAGGGUUCCUGGUGUUUCUGUGAAGAGCAAAUCAGAUACGCUGUCCUUUGGAUGUCAGAUAUCCCUAUCAAAGUGGGGAGUUGCAUCUCUUGGAAACAUUCCAAAUGGUGUGGUUUGUUCUUGUUCUGCUGUUGUUAGCUGUAUGUUUUUUUAUGGAUAUCACUAGUUCCAGUGACUUGAGUU